AUGUCGGCACUCACAAAAGUUACUUGGCCGCAUCUGCUAUGUCUUGCUGCUGUAGGAGUCUACCUGGUAAAGCAGGUGUUCAGAAAGAACCCUGCACCAUAUCCCCCUGGUCCUCCAGGGUUGCCCCUUAUCGGGAAUGUCCUAGACAUGCCUAACAUCAGGCCCUGGCUCACCUUCGCAGAGUGGGGCAGGAAGUAUGGCGAUAUCUCGCAUAUCGAGGUUCUAGGUCAGCACUUCAUGGUGGUGAAUUCUUCGAAGAUUGCGAUGGACAUGCUGGACAAGAAGAGCUCGAUUUACUCCGACCGUCCUGUCUUGCCAAUGGCUGGGGAACUUGUUGGUUGGAAGCAUAUGCUGGGUUUUUCUCCUUACGGCGACCGGUUUCGCCGGUACCGCAAGGACUUUCACCGCGCCAUUGGCACCCGAGCUGCAAUGGACGCCUAUAACCCGGUUGAAGAUAUUGAGACUCGCCGAUUCCUCAAGCGUGUGCUCAUGAAACCUGACCAAUUAGAAAAACAUGUUCGACACACCGCUGGCGCUAUCAUUUUGCGAAUCUCAUAUGGAUACGAAGUCAAGGAGAGCAACGAUCCCUUUGUCGAUAUUGCAGACCGCGCUCUGGAGCAAUUCUCGCUGGCUACUGCUCACGGUGCCUUCAUGGUUGACAUGAUACCACUCCUGGCCAAGGUCCCCGAGUGGUUUCCUGGUGCUGGCUUCAAGCGCCUAGCGCGUGAGUGGCACAAGAACGUCGAAGAGAUGGCUUCUGCACCCUACAAUUUCGUCAGGGAUCAGAUGGCUGCGGGUAUUGCCCCGAAGUCUUUCACCUCAGCUCUGUUGGAAGGCCAAGAUCUGAGUUCGGCAGAGAACGAAAUGGCAAAAUGGUCCGCUCUAUCUCUAUACGGCGGUGGUUCUGACACAACUGUAUCCGCAAUAUAUUCGCUUUUUCUCGCUAUGACGCUUUUUCCUGAUGUGCAGAAGAAAGCUCAGGCUGAAAUAGAUGCUGUUGUUGGCCCUGAUCGUCUUCCCUCCUUUGCUGACCGCGCCUCCCUCCCCUAUAUCGAGGCGCUUGCCAAAGAAGUAUUGCGCUGGAAUGUUGUUGCGCCUACCGGUUUUGUCCACUGUGUAACUGAGGAUGACAUCCACGACGGGUACUAUAUUCCAAAAGGUUCCCUUAUCAUACCUAACCAAUGGUUCAUGCUCCACAACCCGGAGACCUAUGCUGAUCCCUCGCAAUUCAAACCUGAACGCUUUUUGGUCAAUGACGGAAAGAAGUCAGAACCAGAGCCCCGUACGAUGUGCUUCGGUUUUGGAAGACGUAUCUGUCCGGGUCUCCUCCUCGCUGAAGCCUCCGUUUGGAUAUCCGCCGCAAUGUCAUUGGCUGUGUUUGAUAUCUCAAAGGUCGUCGAGAACGGUGUUGAGAUCACCCCCGAGGUUGACCCUUCAUCAGUCACGAUCAGCCACCCAAAGCCCUUCAGGUGUUCUAUCAAAGCCCGCUCAGCAAAAGCCAUUGAACUCAUCCAGCAGGAUGCUAACUACUAA